AUGCGCCUCAACGCAUUCCCUGUCGUUCUCGCCAUCCUCGCCUUCCUGUGUAGUGUACAAGCACAGGAUACUACCAAUGGCAGUGCCUCUGACUAUGAGCUCGUCCGCGCAGACGAGAUGGAGUUGGCGAUGGGUAACGACUCCAUUUCGCUCGACCCGUUCGACGAUCCGUUGGAAAAACGCCAACGUGGAAUGUCCGAAUGUCCCCCGUCGCUGCAAACCGCCCGCGGCCAGUUGUUGUAUCACGGGCUAUUACUUUUACCCGGGAAGGAGCCACUGUUGCCCUGCCGGAGGGACGUGUUCCAGCUCGCAGAAGUGCUGCCAGAAAUCAUGCUGCCCGCAGAGCGGCACCUGUGGAGGCGAUGGAUACUGUUCGACUCGACGAUGGAGCUUUCCAACAAAGACCCAGACGAGCACCAGUACCCGCACGAGCUCCUCGAGAACCACCACGACGCGUCGACGAGUACGGAACCCGAGUGCACUGUGGAGCCGACUGCCAACGUACGUCGCACCUGGUCGGAGGGUCUCACGGACGUGUUUCAAGGUAGUGAGCAUCAGCCCGAGAAGCGACAACGUCCUUUCCCAAAGACUUGCACCACGGAGUGCCAUGCGUCCGGUCAGCGGUUGCCUGUCGUCGAGUUCACACCCGUUCGUGGGGAGACGGAUGAGUUGGUCAAGAGCAUGUGCUCGGGCAUGAACGGUUGGUAUAAAAGACAAAAGUCCGGCAUCGAUGGCCGACACGACAUAUGGACAGACCUAGCAAAGGGGGAAGACGUCCUCACCUACGGCGGCCCAGCAAAGAAAAACCCUGACGCAGCAGACAGGCGAAAAGAUGUUCAGUGCAAAAAGUUCUACAAGUCGGAGUGCGAAGCACUAGGAAAGAGGCGCGGCGUUGCCAUGGAGUGCGACGAAUAUCCACCUGCGAUGAGUCUCGAAGGCGGCGGUCUCGCGACUCGGAUGUGUGUGCCUGCAAAGCAGAACUCCCGGACACAAGGCCCCCAGUUCCGCCUAUUCGUCACGACCUGUGGUCUCAAGAGGGGUGACAAGUUCCUUGUCCGCUUAAAGGGUGGCUGCAGCCGAUAUAACUUUCCCGCUCGGCGUGAAGACGCGACGCACACCAUCGCCAUUGCGGAUGAGGAUGCCACCUUCCGGGACCCCAACGACGACGGAUCACUGACCUACGUUGCUGUCGGGCUGGGAGAUCUCGAAGUUGGACAUUAUGAGAUUGAUGCCAAGUUUAAUGGGACGGUCCGGGAGGCCGUGGUCUUGAAUCAAUACGGGGACGAAUAUGCAAGCCUCGAUUCGCCGAGUGAGUCGGCCAAGAUCAGCUUCGACGUCACGGAUGACUACUACCAGCCAGCGGCACUCGUCGCAUAUACCGAGCACCCAGUCGAGGUGUCAUAUAAUGGUACUGUGCAGCCCAGCAACAAGGCUGAAGCAUCUGCACCUUCAGACAUACCGUCAUCAGCAAUGGCGCUCGAGGGAUCUAUCGUAUAUACGCUGGCAAUCACCUUAACGCUCGGACUACUACGGCAGUUGUUGUGA